GAAACCCACCAGACACACUACAUUGACAUGGUGAAUGCUUCCGAUGCUGGACACCUCACUGAUGAACUCUUCUCCGUUGGACAUGGAACUGACCAACAUUUUGAUGGCAACAUGGACGUCACCAGGAAGCACACCUUUGUACACGGACCCAUAGCCUCCUUGGCCCAGCUUGUCUCUGAAGUGGCUAGUGAUCGCAGUGAUGUCUGUGUAAGCGAACCUUGCUGGGCCAAGGGUGCAAACACCCAAAGCCUCCUUGGCCCAGCUUGCAUCUGGAGGAACCUCUCAACUGCGUCAACUGAUAUCUUUGUUUGCCAGUACUUGUAGGCAAGGAAGGUCAAUACGGACAAUGGUGCAAACACUAAUCUGGAUACUAUUGCAAACACUGCAUAAACAAGAUUGCAGAAUCGAGUUAGAUGUCUACAAUUGUGGAGCUGUAAUUCUUAGGAUUGGGCUAAUCUGGAUAGUAAAGUAUUGCAAACACUGCAUAAACAAGAUUGCAGAAUCAUGUUAGAUGUAUACAGUUAUGGAGCUGUAGUUCUUAGGAUUGCAGAAUCAUACCGAUAAUGAACUUCACAAUACUUAUGGCAGAUACUAUGACCACCGCUGCCCAAAAUAAUUUUGUUUGGUGGGAGUAGUAAUUUACACAUCUCAAGAAAUGCAUGUCGAUAACAACAAUCGCCGAAGUCUGAUUUAGGAUGUUUGAACUAGACAUCUUUUCAUGGAAGUUACUGCAAGUUAUAACAGGGACUGGUGAGAAGAUAAACAGCUUAAUCUAAUUUGAGGCAGAAACUGCAACCAGAGAGAGAAGAUAGGCUUUGGCUUGUCAUUGGCAACACCCAAGAAGGCUUGUAUAUGGAUUUCCUGGUGCAUAUAUGGACUGAUGAACACAAUCAAACAAGAGAAAGAAUAGUCAGGCCUGGUAUCCAGUCAUGUGGUCUUGUUGGUCAAACUAGUAUACAUGAGCUUUUGGCUUUGUACGGAAGAUAGGCUUUGACUUGUCAUAGGCAACAUCCAAGAAGCAUCCUCCAUGGAAGAAAAGUUGGAAUCCAUCCAACUAUUUAAUGACAGUCACCAAUGCCAAGGUAGCAUGACAAGUCAAAGUGUCUUCGUUCUUUAUGAUUUCAACACUACAAGAAGCUCAGAUUUGUAGGCCUAGCUUCAUCUCAUUGCCUCCAAUCUUCACUUUUUUCCACAGAAAAUGUUCAAAGCUUUGGUUGUAGCUCUGUUAUUCUCAGUUCUUAACCAUGGAAGUAACAGAGCCACAGCAAGUGGUGAUGGGGAUUUCUUCCAUAAGGUCCAUAACUGCCCACCAUUCAGGUGCGGUGAUGGCAGAACAGAGAUCCGAUUUCCGUUCCGCCUUGCCACCAGCCCCCAGUAUUGUGGAGCACCUGGCUUGGAGCUAGCAUGCUCAAUGGAAGCAGACACAAUCCUACUUCACCCAAUUCUUGGACUAUGCAAGGUCACUUCAAUCUACUACAAUUUCGGUGUUCUGAAUGUUAUCCCGCUAGAAGAAUCAUGGACUAGGUGCCCGCUUCAGAACAUCACUACCACCAAUCUAUCAACUAGUGUAUACAUACCUGACAGUUACGGGGGUGAAACUGCAAUCCUGGUACGCUGUUCAAGAGAGUUGAUACGAAUGGAGAAGGCCGGUACGACACCAGGUAUGGGGGACAGUAUUGUUGGCCCAAUCUCUUGCCUGAGCAACACAAGCCAGUUCAUGUAUUUGAUGGACGGUAGUGAACCAAUGUAUAUUCUUCCCUUAGACUGCACAGUGGUUUCAAACGGUAUUUCAACGCCGUGGGAUUAUGAUAUCAAAUAUGCUGUGUUAUUUGCCGAAAGAGCCAGAAGGGUCAUUGCAUUUGGUGAGACAACCUUGACUUGGUCAGUUCCUACCAUAACCGACAUUUGUCUAGGCUGCGAGCAAAACAGGCAUCCCUGCGGAUUCAGCUCACAACGCAGGCAAGCAUUCUGCAAGCGCCAAGGUUCACGUGUGAAAGUCAUUGCAGCAACAUCAUCGGUAGCCACAUUUGUGGUUCUCUUGCUGACGGCAGCCACAGCACUCUAUCGAUCCCUAAAAUCAAAGGUUGAUGAAGAGGUACGUCUGAAGAUCGAAAUGUUUCUCAAGGCAUAUGGCACAUCAAAACCAACAAGGUACACAUUCUCUGAAGUUAAAAAGGUAACAAGACGAUUCAAAGAUAGACUGGGUCAGGGUGGAUUUGGAAGCGUACACAAAGGUCAGCUGGCAAAUGGAGUACCUGUGGCAGUAAAGAUGCUGGAGAACUCAAAGAGUGAUGGGGAAGAGUUCAUGAAUGAAGUUGCGACAAUUGGUAGGAUCCACCAUGCUAAUGUGGUCCGCCUCUUGGGAUUCUGCUCAGAUGGAACAAGGCGUGCUCUUAUCUACAAAUUCAUGCCGAACGGAUCACUUGAGAAAUAUAUAUUUGCACAUGAAUCAGAUAUUUGUCGAGAGCUAUUAGCACCUAACAAAAUGCUGGAAAUAGCAUCGGGCAUUGCACGAGGAAUCGAAUACCUGCAUCAAGGGUGCAAUCAGCGGAUCCUCCAUUUCGACAUCAAGCCUCACAACAUCUUGCUGGAUUACAGCUUCAAUCCAAAGAUUUCUGAUUUUGGGCUUGCGAAGCUGUGUACAAGAGAUCAUAGCAUCGUCACACUGACUGCAGCAAGAGGAACAAUGGGUUACAUUGCGCCAGAACUAUAUUCACGGAACUUUGGGAGAAUAUCCAGUAAGUCCGAUGUCUAUAGCUUUGGCAUGCUGGUGCUGGAAAUGGUGAGCGGUAGGAGGAACUCGGAUCCAUGGAUUGAGAACCAAAACGAGGUUUACAUCCCAGAAUGGAUAUAUGAGAAAAUAAGCACGGAGCAAGAACUGGAAUCAUCAAGGGAAAUGACGCAAGAAGAGAAGGAUACAGUAAGAAAGCUGGCCAUUGUGGCACUAUGGUGCAUUCAGUGGAACCCAAAAAAUCGCCCAUCGAUGCCAAAAGUGUUGAACAUGUUGACAGGAACCUUGCAGAGUUUAACGAUGCCCCCCAAGCCAUUUGUUUCGUCUCCGGGCCACCCCAUGCCGCAAAUCUAGAGAUUUGUUUCACAGCAAUUCUGAAUGUAUUUAUUUUGGACAAUGAGACUUAAUAUGCUGCAGUAAUGCCUAUUGUAUUGUACUAUAUGACACUUGAUUUUCAGCUCAAUAAGAAGUCUAAUGUUAA